AUGAAGCAGAAUCAGUUCUUUCAGGAACUCCUUGAGGCAUCCAAAACCACCCCGACGACGUUCUCCCCAUGUUCAAUCCCGCCCGGCGGAGCAGCCUGGAGGACGCCUUCCUCUGGAUCGACUGAUGCUGCCCCCAACAUAGCUUUCCACCUCCUCUACUUCAAGUUCGGCCUCCGGCUCCAGGCCAACCUCACCCAUCUCCUCCGUGUCUCCUCCUCCAAAUAUGCGACCUUGCCAACCUCUCCUCCGCUAGCUCGAGCAGAUCGAAAACACCAAACCACCAAGAAGCACACCCCCGCCGCCAUACGCUCAUCCAUCGCCACCACAAUCUCCACCAGGAAAUAUACCAUCGCCGCCGUAAACUCAGCCGCCACCUCCUCAUCCUCCACCGGAAAAUACCCGGGCGCCGCCGUAUCACCAUCCUCCACCAGGAAACACUCCCGCACCCUCUCCGAUUCCCCACUACUAGUUGUGGUUUUUUUCGAAUAUUUCUAGCCCCAGGUAUCAAACACAGGCGUUGUCCACUUUCAAGACGUCAGUGUUUCAAUACGAGUAUUGAUAUAAAAGUGUUUUAUGUUCACGGCCGUGUUCGUGAUUAAUCCGAGUCAGAUGCUACCUCACAUUCGCCU